UCCUCAUCUGCUCAGUGGCUGUCACAACACACAUUUCUCAGGGCUGUCGUGGGGACGAACCGGUACACAGCACCGCGGCACAUGGUGGGCUCUCCUUCACAAGGGCUGUGGUGAGCCCACCGAGAUAGCCACAAACCCUGCUGUGGAUCGCCAGCAAAAUGGUGACGCGCAAUGAGCAAAGCUGGGAAGAGAGAGGGCAGAGAAGGGAAGUCAUGGGGCCUCACCAUCACUCCUUACCACAUGUUUUGCCCCAGAGCCCUGAGGAUGACGAUAGGAAAGUCCGCAGGAGAGAGAAAAACCGAGUUGCUGCUCAGAGGAGUCGGAAGAAGCAGACGCAGAAGGCUGACAAACUCCACGAGGAAUAUGAGUGCCUGGAGCAGGAAAACACCGCGCUGCGGAGAGAGAUUGGGAAGCUGACGGAGGAACUGAAGCACCUGAGCGAGGCGCUGAAGGAGCACGAGAAGAUGUGCCCGCUGCUGCUCUGCCCCAUGAACUUUGUGCCCGUGCCUCGGCCGGACCCGGUGGCCAGCUGCCUGCCCCGAUGAAGCCUGAGGAUGCUCCUCUUCCGCCCAGCCAGGAACCUCGGGCCUUUUCGCAUAUAGGGCUUCCCUCUGCAUCUGUGCGCAGGAGAACCCGUGGCCGGGCCUUCUCCUGGGAGCUCCAGGGCCAGCCAUGUCCUCUGCAGAUCGGGCUCAGCAUGCCGCUCCUAGGACCUGACUGUCAGAGCCCUGAGUGGACCCAGCAGGACCCAGCAGGAGGACCACCCCCGGGAGGCACUUCUCCCCUUCGGCAGCUAUUAGGUUCUGCUGGUAGGCAGAAUCGUGUCCUCUAGAAUCUGGAUAAUAAAGAUGGCUACUGUCUC